AUGACACGAGUUUUGCUACCAGAUCAGGCUUCUGUAGGCUAUCAGCAGUUUCAAAAGAAUGAUAAUGCCGAGAUCAACGCCUCAGAGCCCAUUCUCGGAACCGCAUGCGGGCCAUAUGGCCAGCGACUUGUUGUUCAAGUUGUGGACGAACUAGCAGAAAGAACUCCUGACAGGGUUUAUGCGACAGUGACCAAAUCCGCCCAUGAUGUUGAUCAAGGGUUUCGUGACAUCACCUUUCGGAACUUGGCAGAUGCUGUCAAUCUGGUUAGCUGGCGCAAUCAGCAGCUUUUUGGCCGCAGCCAUGAUUUUGGGGUAAUUGCAUAUUUGGGAGUCUCUGACGUUCGUUACGCAUUUUACCUCUUUGCGGCUAUCAAAACUGGCUACAAGGUACGUUUCAUCUCUUUUGGCUGUUGUAGGUUCAUGUUGUAUUUUAGCCGUGAUAGUGCUGAUACAUUUCAGUUGAUGAUUCCCUCCGUGCGCAAUUCCCUCUCGCAACAUCUGGCGGUGUUGGAUGAAGCGGGCUGCAAUAUUUUGUAUUAUACAGUCGAGAUGGAGACCCGUGUUCGAGAAUUGGAGAAAGAGAGGCCGCUCCUACGCACACUUCUUGUUGAGAGCCUCGAUAACCACAUCAACCAAUGCACCCCGCACUACAGAUAUGAGAAGACGUGGGCGGAUGCAAGGACAGACCCGAUAUUGAUUGCUCAUUCAUCUGGAUCUACUGGCAACCCAAAACCAACGACGCUCACAAACGGCGUGUACUCGACUUAUGAUAACCACCGAAAAAUACCACCUGUUCCAGGCCGUCGAAUCCAGAGCUACAAUCUACUGGAGUUUGAUGGGGGAGGAAAGUUCUUCAAUCCUUUCCCCCCCUUUCAUUUGGCGGGACUGUUCGCUAUGACUAUCAUGCCCAUAUUUUAUAGCUGCACAGUGACUCUUGGCCCCCCAGAGAAACCUCCCAGCGGGGAUAUUCUCAGCCGAGCGAUGAAACAACUCAAUAUUCGUGCGGCCUGGUGCCCUCCGACUGUUAUAGAAGAGCUCGUCCAUCUCCCCGGCGGCUUCAACCAGGCAUCAACACUCGAUUGGAUCAUGUACACUGGGGGUCCUCUUGCACCCCGGGUAGGAGACCGACUCUGCCAUGUUACUUCCAUCUGUCAGCUUUAUGGAUCAACCGAGACGGGGCCUCAUAUUCCGUUAGUCCCGCUGCCUGAGAAUUGGAACUAUUUUGAAUGGCAUCCCUUGUUGGAAAAUGAAAUGGACCCCAUGGGCGAUGGUACCUUUGAAAUGGUUGUGAACAGGGACCCGUCUUUAGAUUGGAUUCGACAUCUAAGCCAAGCAUAUCCUAACCUCGAUGUUUGGCGGACAAACGAUUUGUUUGUCCAAGCCCCCAACAACCCCAACCUCUGGCGCUUUGUCGGACGAAGAGACGACGUCCUUGUUCUAUCAAAUGGCGAAAAGUUCAACCCUGUGAACAUGGAAGGCGCAAUCACUGGGCACCCCUUGGUUAGAGGAGCCUUGAUCGCUGGCACGGCCCGUUUCCAAGCCUGUCUCAUUGUUGAGCCGUUAGAAUACGGCGCAAACUUAUCAGAUUCUGAGUUUAUUGACCGGAUUUGGCCAACUGUGGAAGAAGCCAAUAAGGUUGGUCCGGCACAUGGACGCAUCUUCAGGUCCAAAGUUAUGGUUGCGAAGCCUGAGAAACCAUUCAAGCGCGCUGGUAAAGGGACGGUGAUACGGGGACAGACAACUCGUCUAUAUGCUGACGAAAUUGAUGCACUGUACAAUGACCCGGUGGGUUCUGAGGGUCCCGUUUUACAUUCAUGGGAUUCGGUUGAGCACAUACGGGAGUAUGUAAGAGCAGCGAUAGCAUGGUUAUUACCCCCAACUCAUGUUCCUCGUGGAGAUGAUGACGAUAUUUUUGUUCUGGGUAUGGAUUCCCUGCAAACCUCCGAACUCGCAAAGACAUUUCAGAAGACCAUAUCUCCUCUCGUCGGCGGUUCAUCUCCUCCCAAGCUGGCACCUAGUUCUAUAUACGCGAACCCCUCGAUCGGAAAACUGUCCACCCUUCUCUUCAACAUUUUACACGGCGAUGGUAUUGAAGCAUCAUCGGAAGAGGAGGGGACAGAUAGGGUGGGAUACAUGGCUAAGCUGGUCGAAGACUACACCUCCCAUCUAGCUGCUAUCAGGAGAUCUGACUCCCCAACCAAAUUGCAUGUCGCUAUUACCGGGACCACGGGAUCACUUGGGACCCAUCUACUGGAAAUGAUGGUCAAUGACCCAGGAGUCGGGUGUAUCUACUGCCUAAAUCGCGAUCGGAACGCUCAAACACGACACCAAGCCGAUUUCGAUGGCCGAGGUAUCGCGUUAGAUCUUGAUGCGUUGAGUGAGAGGGUCAAGUUUAUGCAAAUCACUGUCGGCGAUGCCAACAUGGGCUUGAGUGAGGCAGAUUGGAGCACACUCGCGAACAAGAUGGACAUCAUAAUCCAUAACGCAUGGAAGGUCAAUUUCAAUCACAAGCUGCCUUCAUUCAAGGAUCACCUUCACGGCUUGAAGGAUAUAUUGAGCCUCACCACUAGCCCAAACACAAAACGACCGCACGUCUUCUUUGUGUCCUCGCUGUCCACGGUUGGAAAUUGGCCAAACCUCUGCAAGGAUGUCAAUCGAGUCCCCGAGAUUGUGCCUCAAGAUUAUAAUUUUGCACUUGCUAUGGGCUACGCAGAGUCAAAAUUGGUAGCCGAGAGGAUGAUCGCGGAAGCUAUUACUACCACUGAAGCGAAGGCUAAGAUCCUCCGUGUUGGACAAAUUGCAGGCCCCUUGUCUCAAAAUGGGGGAGAAUGGCACAGGACAGAGUGGCUGCCUACACUCGUUCAGACAUCCAAGGCGCUGGGAUGUCUCCCCGACUCCAUGAAUAUGAUCGAUUGGGUCCCGGUCGACAAGUUGUCGCAAAUAAUCAGCGAGAUCGUUCAGCAUGAACAUAAGCAGAGUGGCUCUUCACCUGUUUAUAACCUUGUUAAUCCUCGCCUGGGCAAAUGGGAUGACCUUGUUACGGAAAUACAAGAGGCAUGGAAGCCGGCCCUGACGAGAGUAGUGCCUUUUUCAGAUUGGCUCAGGGUAUUAAAAGACCAAGGAACAGACCUAGAGAAGUUUCCUGCGCUGAGACUUCCGGAAUUUUAUCAAGGAUUGGCUGCAGACGCGGAAUCUUGCAAGGAGAGGCAAGUUGUCUAUGCCACCGACAACGGGAUCGAAGUCAGCCCAACGAUGAGGCAAUUACAGCCGAUUGAUGGGAAGGCUAUGGGAACCUGGUUAAAUCAAUGGAAAUUCUGA